AUGCCUUCUUCCUGGCUCCUGAGCGUCGGGACACUCGUCGCUUCAUCGAUUUUCUCCCCCGCUGUAGCUGGUGGCUCGUGGCCGGCUCAGAGCUAUCAACUCGCCGAGAAAUGGCAAGGCGACUCGUUCUUGGAGCACAUCGAUUUCUUCACCGGGGCUGACCCCACAAACGGCUAUGUCACCUACCAAAACCAGAGCAGUGCGGAGAGCUCAGGCUUGUUCAAGGUGACUUCCAGCGGAAGUAUGUAUCUGGGGGUGGACCACACGAAUACCCUGGAUCCGAACGGCGCGGGACGAGACUCGGUACGAGUCGAAAGUAAACUGUUUUACAAGCAAGGUCUAUACAUCGUCGACAUUGAGCACAUGCCUGGGAGUGUCUGCGGUACCUGGCCCGCGUUUUGGUCUGUUGGUCCUCGCUGGCCUCAGGAUGGUGAGAUCGAUAUAGUCGAAGGUGUCAACAAGAACGAAUACAAUGAGAUUGUCCUGCAUACUAGCGGCUCCUGUGGAAUCUCGGCCGACAACGACAUGACCGGCACUGUGAGCUCCACGGAGUGUGGUGAGGCCUCCGGCACUAUUGGCUGUGUUGUAAAGGGCAAAAAUGGCACGUCUGGCACUCCGUUCAACGAGCAGGGCGGCGGUGUCUAUGCCCUGGAGCGUACCUCUGAAUUCAUUAAGAUCUGGUACUUCACCCGCGACUCAAUUCCCAAGUCGAUCGCCAACGGCACCCCCGAUACGGUUCACUUUGGAACUCCCAUGGCACAUCUCCAGGGAUCCUGCGACUUUGGCGAGCACUUCUCGGCGCAGAAGCUGAUCUUCAACACCGAUUUCUGUGGCGACUGGGCCGGUGGUAUCUUCGGCCAGGACGGUCUCUGCCCUAUGAGCGAUCCCAGCGACACGUUCAAGAGCUGCAAGAGCUACGUCGCGCAGAACCCUGAGAAGUACAAGGAGUCGUACUGGGAGAUCAACUCCGUGCAGAUCUAC